UGGACAAAAUGUGGUGGUUAGUGCUCUGUAUUUUAAAUGGUGUUUUCAGUGAAAAUGUCACAGAGGUUAAAGAAAAUGUUACAGAGAUCUUCGACUACCAUUCCAUGCCAGCGCUGUCAGAACUGGAUGACUUCGAUAUUUGCUUGAAGAAACCAGACGCUGUCUACUGCAUAGUAGACCUUGAACUUCUGGAAGACGAUACACCGCUGUAUCAGUUUAUAAAGAAUUUCUCAUCCAUAUCAUACACAAAUUAUAAACAUACGAAGCUGCACCGCGGUGUUUGCGGCUCCCAGCAUUGCGGUCUGACUGUCAGCCAUGCGAAUGUCACGCAAUCUACGGCAAUUGCAUUAAGAGAGUGCUUCAAUGCAACCAUACAUCAGGGAUAUGGGUUACAGGUGGAUUCACUAUCAGUUCGUUAUUGUAAAACACAAGCUGAUAGACUACCGAUUGAUUUCUUGGAUUACUUCAUAGGAGCCAUUUUAUUAAUACUUUUAUUUAUCAACCUUGGAUGUUCCGCUUACCACUUCUUCUGGCCAGCGGAGAAAGGAAAAGGCAAUAGAUUCAUGUUGGCUUUCUGCGUUCAAAAGAAUUGGAAGGCUCUAAAACAUGGUGGCAGUGCUGAUGGUGGUAUCUUCAAAUGUUUCCAAGCUAUGAGAUUUUAUACAAUGGUGAUGAUACUCGGUCUUCACUCUAUGAUCUUCAUAGGCUAUGGUUACACAGCCAAUCCCGAAUUUAUUGAACAAUCGUACGAUGACUUCUUCAAAUCUCUGCUGUUCAAUGCACGUGUCAUCGUGCAGAUAUUCUUUGUGAUGGGUGGCUUCCUGAUGGCUUAUAAGAUGUUCUCAUAUGCAGAGACACAUCCUUUCAGUUUUAAAACUAUACCAAUGGCUAUUAUCAAUAGAUGGGUUAGACUGAUGCCGGCAGUGCUGGUGGUGAUGGGCCUAGCGAUGACGUGGGUGCCCCAUUUAGGCUCGGGGCCGAUGUGGGACGCCGUGGUGAAGAGGGAGAGAGAUAUGUGUCGUAGCAACUGGUGGCAACUUGUUAUACUAAUGCCUAAUCUGUUCCCCUUCGAACAUUUAUGUAUGCCGCAAGCUUGGUACCUCGGCACCGACACCCAACUCUUCCUGAUGACCCUGGUGGUACUGUUAGUGAUCUGGCGCUGGCCGAGGUCCGGAAUCCCCGUACUGUCAGGAGUGAUGGUUAUCAGUCUACUGAUACCUUUCCUACAGAGUUACUUCAUGGACCUAAUGCCGAUAAGAGUCAGUAUAUUCCCAGAAUCGAUUCGAGAUAUUUUUGGCUACAAUGAUACUUUCUACCACGCUUACGUGUCGGCUCAAGGCAACUGGGCUGGCUAUCAUCUCGGAGUACUGACAGCUUACUUCUAUCAUAGAGCUCAAGCGGAAAAGUGGAAUUUAAAGGAUUCGCUGUUUCUGAAGCUAUUGUUCGUGACCUCAAUCCCCAUCGCUAUGGGCACAGUACUAAUGGGCUGGGAUCUCCACCACCGACGCGCGUCUGCUUUCGAGUCUGCUGUAUUCAACGCCCUCAACCAGAACUUCUUUGCUCUCGCCAUCUGCGUGUUUUUCAUUGGCUGUUUCUAUAGAUGCAAUAAAAUAUACGUGAACUCUGUGGAAUGGGGACCGCUGCAGCCGCUUGGCAGACUUUCUUACUGUGCGAUGCUGCUCCACGCAACUGUACUCAGGACAUACGGCGGCCAAAUGAGGAGGUCGUUCUACGCCACAGAUUAUACUGCUAUCAUGCUUUUCGCUGGUAUCGUUUGUACAACCUUCCUCUUCUCUCUACCACUCUAUCUCUUCGCGGAAGCCCCAGCCUGUCAACUUCAGAAGAUACUCCUCAGUCCCAGAAGACCACAGAAGGAAGAGGAUGCCAACGGCAAUCAAGUCAAGCCUGGCAUCUCUACAGUUUCUGUGUCUACUGUUUCCACGCAUAUUUAGUUUAGACUACUUCUAGAAAAUAUUGUUCUUCAUAUA